AUGGCUCAGCAAGAAACUUCGAGUGUGGAGGACGUUUACCCAAUCGGAGCAGGAUUCGAGAGAAGCGAGGAGAAGCUAGGCCAGCAAUUCUACAAUCCGAGAGCCCCUGGAGCGGUCCCGAAAGAUCGCCCUCAGCCGUAUGACUUCGGUUUCAAUAUCCAGGACGAGUACGGCAACAAUCAAUUCAGACAAGAGACAGGAGACGCCAACGGGGCCGUGAGCGGGACCUACGGCUACACCGACGCAUUCGGAAUAUUCCGACGGGUGAAGUACGUCGCUGACGCAGCCGGCUACCGCGCUGAAGUGAAGUCAAACGAGCCCGGACUGAAGCAAGAGAGCCCCGCCUCAGCCGUUUUCCAGAUCGACGAACCCCCUCAAGGAGCUUAUGUUCAGGUGGCCAACGGACAUUCAACAAGCCUUGUACAAACGGAUCGAAGAGUUCCCGCCAGACGAUUCCCUGCAGCUACAUCGGCAGCCAGGGCUUGA